AUGUACAAAGCCGCCCAACUAUCCAAUCCUUGGUUUAACGGUACUGCAGUUGCUAUUGCUCAUAAUUCUCCACAAUUUUGCCUAGCUCUUCGAGAAGCCAAAAUUUUUCUCAACUACGAAAAAGUAUCUUCUUUUAUGUUCGAUUCGAAAGUUUGCAAACCUGGAAAGCAGGCCAAAAAGGCUUGUAUUGUUCCAAAAGUUGGAUGUGUAAAUUUCGUGGGAAAUUUGAGAAUUGGACCGAAAUUCAAUUUCAAAAAAGUGAAAAACUUGAAAUUCAUAUAUGGAAGUUUGAUUGUCAAAAAUUCAAGUUUAACGGAUUUCAAGGUUUUUGAAAAUUUGUUGGAAAUUGUUCAAUUGAACUCAACAAAACUGGCGAUAGAUGUUCAAGGGAACAAGAACCUUCAAAGCGCGACGUUUCCAAAAUUGAAGAGGAUCUACUCUGCCAAUACUGUUGGAGUCUUAUUCAAAAAUAACCACAAUUCUUUGAAAUUCGAUUCCAAAUCUUGUAUUUCAAUUCGAUCGGCUAUGCUAAGAGCCGGACCAGUAUGUACUUGUUCGCCGAUUUUUGACGAUUUGAAGUGUGAAGAAAUGGAACAAUGGAAGAAACAGACUGGCAGGAAAUGA